GUGUGACUGUGAAUCAGAGGGAGGAGAAGCUGAACACUUAAAUUCACACACAUAUUGAUCAUUAAAAGAGUGUGUUUAUAAUAGAUCCUCUCGCCCACAGCGCGAUACGGUGUUUCUAAUGUCUUGUUUGAGGUUAUAUUUUGCCUCUGGGAGGAUGCUUGUUCAGGGAUGAGAAAAGCGUUUUCGCGCGUCUCGGUUCAGAACAAAAGUUGUGGCGUUAUUCGGAGGUGCGUGUCGUCUUGCUCAUGCAAUAACAGUAUCAUGGCAGCCUUUAAAGGUGUGUGGACUCAGGAAUUCUGGCGGGCGGUUUCCGGAGAGUUUUUGGCCAUGAUAAUAUUCGUGCUGCUCAGUCUUGGAUCCACCAUCAACUGGGGAGCAAAACAGGAGAACCCUCCACCCGCCGACCUUGUCCUCAUCUCCCUUUGCUUUGGCUUGUCCAUCGCAACCCUCGUCCAGUGUUUCGGGCACAUCAGCGGCGCCCACAUCAACCCGGCCGUUACUGUGGCAAUGGUUGCUACACGGAAGCUGAGUCUGGCGAAGGGUGUGUUUUAUUUGUUGGCACAGUGUUUGGGGGCAGUAGUGGGAGCAGCCAUCUUGUAUGGAGUGACACCGGCGUCAGUGAGAGGAGGAAUGGGAGUGACGUCUGUUAAUGAAGAGAUCUCCGCUGGUCAUGCUAUUGUGAUAGAGCUCAUAAUCACUUUUGAGCUUGUUUUCACUGUCUUUGCUACCUGUGACCCCAAGCGUAAUGAUCUCAAAGGUUCGGCAGCACUGGCUAUUGGUCUGUCUGUGUGCAUCGGCCAUCUCUUUGCGAUCCCGUACACUGGGGCCAGUAUGAAUCCAGCUCGCUCUUUUGGUCCCGCAGUCAUCAUGGUAAAAUGGCAGGACCAUUGGGUGUACUGGGUGGGCCCUUUAAUAGGAGGAAUCCUUGCUGCAGCUGUAUAUGAAUACCUCUUCUGUCCUGACCCUGACCUGAAGCGCCGCUAUGCUGACGUCCUCUCCAAGAGCCCCUUCCAGAUGGAGCCAUAUCGAGUGGUGGACACAGACUCGUACCCCAGCGAUCAGGCUCAGCUCAUGGCCAAGCAGGCGGCACUCAGAGUGCUGGAUUUGGAGAAGAAGGAGCGCGAGUCCACCGGAGAGGUGCUGUCAUCCGUAUGACUAGUGAGAAGCACUGAGGAGGAACAACAAAACACAAUGCAAUACAUCCAUCAGCUCAAAGAGACAGAGCUCAUUUAGACUGCCACACAAUAGCUAUGUUUCCAUCCACAUUGUAGAAUUUGAAAUAAUAAAAAAACACUGAAUGAAAACACCAAGAUGCGCUUAAAUUUAAAAAUCUUUUAUUACAUUUUUAAUAAAUUAGAUACUUUUUGUUUUUACGAUUAAAACACAUUUUUCCUUGAUGUGGUCAAAGGUCAUGUGAUUUUGCCUUAAAAGAUGUGAUAAAACAGUGAACCAAUCUCAUCUUACACGCCACAUAGGCUUUCAUUCAUAUCCAUGAGAAUGACUGGAAGGGCAAGCUUAUGCGACAAGUUUCGCAUGUCACUGCAUUGCAAAGUUCAAGCUUGGGGAACACUGACCUGCGAAAUCACAAUCACAUCACGACAAAUAGAAGAUCAAAACAUCACCUCUCUACACAGAAAGUCAUAUUUAUCUAAUCAUUUAUUUUUCGUCUAAUCAUUUUGUUUAAUCCCAGCCCUUUUCGCAGCACCAUACGCCAAAAUCUAGUGUGACCUUAAUUCUGCAUACACAUGAGUGGAAGUCCAUCCCCAACUUAAUUUGUAGAAUUUUCUCCUAGAACUCUAACAUAAGUGUUUCACAAAUAUCAAGCACUGCAUAAAAAACGUGAGAUAACAUGAGCAAAUUUCAUAUUGCGUGUUUCUUCUGCAGCUCUUAUAGACACAAUUUUUUAAUAUGCAGAAAAGUGAAGUUAUUUAACUUGCUCAAGUGUAGCACACUAAGAUAAUUAAUAGGGUUUCCCUAUCAUAAGCAAUCACACUAUCAUACAAUCAUUUCCAAUAAAAAAUGCUAUAAAUAAUUUGAAAGUUCUACAGUAGCUUCCUUAUUUCUCGAUCCAACAUCCCUCCGCCACCCAAAUUCUGCAUUUUUAAGAGACCACUUCCCUUUUCAAGUGAGGGGAGGGGGGGGAGCAUUCUGGGAGCGAAUUCGAUGCUAAGGCGUCAUUUCUUGACAAAGGAGCGGAUUGGGAGUCUUUUCAAACUCAGAACUCUCUUACUGGACAGCACACCAAAUACACUUUCAGUUCUUAUAUUAUCUGUGCUUGCGAACUCAUUAAAAGAAGAUAAAGCAAUUUCUUCAGCUUGAUCUAAAGACUAAGCAUAACUAUUUUGCAUAUUGGCGGAAAAGUGGCUAAUUUGUAAAACAAAAAAGUGGCUUAUUCAUGCUAAAUACAUUGUGUAAAUUUGUACAAAUUAGCCACUUGUUCGCCAUUAUAUAAAAUAGUUAUGCAAAAAACAUACAAUAUUUAAAAGGAGGUGUGUCCCCAAAUCCCACCCCUGAACCCAACCCACAUUGGAAGAUGACAAAUCGUACUAAAAUGUACAAAUAAGAUCAUACAAAUUCAUACGAAUUAAAUCAAAAAUCGAAGAAAUAGUUGUAGUUUAUGUUACAAUAGUUUCCCAAAAAUUUUCCAUUUUUAUUUUCUUGAACACAUGGCAUGGAAACAGUGUUUUAUUCGCAAACAUUUUAUGUAAAAUUGUAAUUUUGCGCAUAAAGUACGUUCAAAUUCACAGCUUUGGAUGGAAACACAGCUACUGACUCUAAUGCAAGAUACUGUGGGUAAAAAACAAACAAACUAAUAGUUAUCACCAUGGUAAAAAGUUGAUUGAUUACAUUAAAAUUUGCAAACAUUUUUUUUUUGUAUUACAAGUUUUCUAAAAUGUUAUGUUUGAAUAUGCAAAUGAGCCUUUUUUAUUAAAUCUGACCAAAUUUGCAUAAACUUGCAGAACAAAAAUCAGCACAUUGGGAUUUGGGGAAUCUCAUUUUCAAUCCAUAUAGAAAAGACUGCAAACUAGGGAUGUCCCAAGUGAUUUGAUUUUGAGUAUCUACCGAUACCGAAACCCGAUCCGAUACUUCUAUAAUACAUAACAGAAGAUUAAAGAAGUGCGAAGAAACAGAUCCAGGAUGUUCCUUAUGUUUUAUUGAAUUAACCUUAUUUUAACAUUCAACAACUCUGUUAACAAACAGAGAACUUCUGAAUGGUAGCUUGAACAAUCAAGUAAAAAAAAAACAUAGAUUCUUCACCUUCGGACUUUAAUGCAACAGUAAAUUUACAAAAUUAUAAUUUAAAAACAAGUAGCAGCUCAACUUAAAAUACCCGGCAAGAUUACAUAUCUCACAGUUCGCUAUGGCAAUGUUGUCAUCAACUUUAUAAUACCUCCAGACAGCAGACAUACCUGCGCUUUCCGUUUAAGCUAAUUUCGUGUUCUAAUUUUCCGACAUUUAACCAAUAGCGUCUCUGCAACAAAGUGCCACCGCAUAACUAUAGAUGUGUUAAAAAUAAUGAGAGCAUACAUAAAUAUUCGAGUCCUAAUCGGGAGGUAACAUCUACUUCCGAUCGAGUCUGAAACUGUGUGAUUGGGCCCGAUUUCUGAUCAUGUGAUCGGAUCUGGACAUCCCUACUACAAACAACCAAAAGCAAAGAGUUAAAAAUAUCUAUAUGUAGACUAAAAUAUGAUAUAAUAUAGUUUUUAAACUGAUCAUCAGGCUUGUUAUACAUAAAUAAAUCUCUCUGUGAAAACCUUCAGAAUACAGAUAUGUUUGUAUAUAGUGCUUUAUAUAGAUGUAUGGCUCAGUGCAGGAGAAAAAAAAAUCAUUUUGAGACUUGAAAAUACAGUAUGUAUUGCAAUUAAAAUGCUAAUUAAUAAUGUGUUAUAAAAACUGGAAAAACACUUUAUGAAAAGACAAAAAAGGCCCAAAUAUCCAAAAUGGCAGAUGUUUUAGCCCUCAGAGUCUUGCUUUAAUAGUCAUGGGUAUGUUUAAAAGGCUCCUCUCUUCUCUGUCUGCCAGUCUCAGGCCAUAGAGCUCCCAUCAGGAUAUGAGGAGUGAACAUCCUUUAGCAGAUGCACCUCAUCAGCUGCUGAAUCAAUAACUAAAUGGGAUUCUCACGUCUAAGCAAAUGUAGCUCUUUUGUUUGGUGUACGGGUUAUUAGCUGGCAGUCAGAGCUUGAGAUUAGAUCAUCACUAUAGUCAUGCAGAUCAUUUUCCUUCUCAGUGCACUCGCUGUCAAUUUAACCCCUUCUGGACUUCACUUCUCCUUUUAAAUAGAACGGAGGAGGAUUGUUCUGAAUUUUCUAUGUUGUUUUUUUCAUUAUGAGUGUUGAUGAAUGAAAUCUUUACAGUUGAAACUGUGAA